AUGAAUCACAAUUGGAUGAUUUGUGCUCGUGCAGUCAACGGCAUUGGGACGGGUAUCUUGAAUGCCAUCGUGCCUGUGUGGGCAACAGAGACAGCGGAGCAUACCUCUCGAGGUCAAUUCAUUGCAAUCGAGUUCACUCUCAACAUAUUUGGUGUCGUUGUAGCGUACUGGCUGGAGUUCGGCUUGUCGUACGUCGAUGGUGGUCAAUCAGCGAUCAGAUGGCGUUUCCCUGUCGCAUUUCAGGUCAUACCACUUCUAGUCCUAUUUGGUAUCGUGUGGUUCUUCCCAGAGUCACCGCGCUGGCUGGCCAAGGUCGGUCGGGACAAGGAAGCGCGAUACAUCCUUGGUCGACUUCGUGGUGAGGAUGCGGUCUGUGCCGCUAAAGCUGAUGCGGAAUACAACGACAUCAGGAAUAUUGUCAUCCACGAGCGCAAGACAGCGAACCGAAACAGCUACUGGUCGAUGCUUUUCGGUAUUGGGUCUGGCAAGUUGCACACUGCGCGCCGAGUUCAGCUUGUCAUCUGGUUGCAGAUCAUGCAGGAGUGGAUCGGCAUUGCUGGUGUCACGAUCUAUGCGCCGACCAUAUUCCGCAUCGCUGGCUUUAGCUCGGAAAAGAGCCAGUGGAUAUCUGGACUCAACAACAUCUUUUACAUGUUCUCGACCCUCAUCUGCGUAUUUACGCUUGACCGUAUCGGCCGCCGAAAUACGUUAUACUGGGGUUCCGUGGGCCAAGGCAUAGCUAUGUUCUUGGCCGGAGGCAUGUCUCGACUAGGUCUCAAUGCGUCCGCGGGAGGCGAUGUGAGCGCGGCUGGCGCAUAUGGUGCUGCUGCGGCAGCAUUCGUGUUCAUCUUUACGAGCGUGUUCGGUGCUACAUGGCUGACUGUCCCGUGGCUAUAUCCGGCAGAGAUUUUCCCACUCGAGGUCCGAGCUAAGGGUAAUGCUUGGGGAGUCGUUGGACGGUCCAUAGGCAAUGGAUGGCUCACAUUGCUCUGCCCAGUCAUGUUCAAUGCCCUCUCGGAGAAGACUUUAUACAUCUUCGCUGCUUGCAAUGUCAUCACGAUUCCAAUGGUCUGGGCGUUGUACCCAGAGACAAAUCAGAGGACUCUGGAAGAAAUGGACUUGGUGUUCGCCGCCGACUCUCCAUGGGUAUGGGCUGCUGAGAAGGAGUUCGCUAGACUCAAGGCUGAGAAUCCGGAUCUGGUCUCUGCAGCCAGCCGUGGUAACUCCAUGGUCGAUCCCGAACUCGGUGUGGUGAAGAGAACGGAGUCGGAUGUGGAAGUCAAGACGGAAGACGCGAAGGAGUUCUAUUACACCAAAAAGGGACCAGGAUAG